CAUUCGCCCCACAGCUGUCGGCCCCCCUGCACUGCGUCUGACGCUCGACUCGACUCCUUUCAUCCCGUGAAAUUGGUCAGCCUCAAUCGCCCCCUCGACGUAAACGUCGUCGACUCCCCCGUCGUGCCGCAGGACGGGAGAGAGUGGAACAAGAGAAGCAAAGACGGACAAUGGCUCGAAAGGGGUCCGAAAAGAGACGAACUGGCUGCACCACCUGCAAAAAGCGGCGGGUCAAAUGCGACGAGGCUCGCCCCGUCUGUACGCGAUGCCGUUCCGUCCAACGCCAAUGCAGCUAUCUCGAGCCCCCCGUUGGCUCGUACACGUGGCUUCACCUCCUGCAAGCCCGGCCGUCCAUCGCGGCGCCACCGCCAGCGGCUGUCACGCUGCCGCCCCAGCAGGCGCGCAGCCUCGACUACUUUCGUAACGUCGUGGCCCCCUCGCUCGGGGGUAGGCUGGACAGCACGUUCUGGACGACGCCCGUGAUGCAGCUUGCGAUGAGCGAGGCGGCGGCGAUGCAUGGCAUGCUGGCCAUCAGCAUGCUCCACGAAGGCUUUGAGCCAAGCUGGAAGGAGGGCAGCAACGACGACCAAGCCGCCUUGAUGCACUAUAGCCAUGCGUUGCGGCUCAUCGCCACGGAACGAAAUACCAGCGUCGUCCUCAUUCUGUCGAUCCUCUUCACCUGUAUCGAGUUUCUUCGGGGAAACACAGAGGCUGCCAUCACCCACUGUCGACAUGGGAUCAUCCUCUCCAACGCCCCCGGGAGCCGGGACACGGCCGUGUCUGCUGUGCUCCGCCACCUGAGCGUCUUCCCUUAUUUCUUCGCCAGCGGCGAAUUCCCAGUCCCUGCGACAAACGCGCCAGCCGUCAGGGACGUGUCGACCGCGGCUCUUGCUAUGGAUGAGCUGGUGGGGCGGGCCAUUAGGCUUGUGCGGUCGAUGGACGGAUAUCGAUUGGGACUGGAGGGAGCGACGAUUCCUAUUGACGUGUGGCAUACGCAGCGAGCAUUGCUGAGGGAUCUUGCCAGUUGGAGGAAGGCAUUUGAGGCGCUGACAGAACGCUCGAAGAAGCAGGAAUCGGCUGGCUGUGCCUUGUUGCUCAUGAGGUUCCUCGUCUGCUGGAUCUGGACGAGCAUCGCCCCAUACAGGGAGGAAACAGCCAGCGACACGUUUCAAGAUGAAUUCGCCCAAAUUGUCGAGUUGGCACGCCAUGGUCCGCAAGACGAGCGGCAAGAGCGCAAGUUUACAUUCGGUAUGGGAGUGUCGCCGUUGCUGCACUUUGUGAUCAUCAAGUGUCGGCACCUGUCGAUACGUCUCGCUGCGCUGGAGUCGGUUCGCACAAUGGGCCGUAGGAGAGAGUCGCUGUGGGAUUCGGUGACAAUGUAUGCGAUUGGGAAAUGUAUCAUCGAGCGGGAGCAUGGCAUAGUGGUCACGCAGGGGAUGACAGCCCCAGGAGGAGAGAGACUUCCAGACGACGAAAGUAGAAUACGGGACUCGUACCUGGAAGAUGAGGUGUUGGAGGAGCGAGACAACCAGGGCAAUGUCCUUCUCCGGCGGAAGAUGUUCCUCUUCGUUCGCGAUGGGGAGGCAAUUUCUAGGACGUCUAGCUGGAUAUCGAUCCCGUCUCCAUAGUCAGAAUUGGACAUGGGGAAGACCUCGACAAUCUGGAUAACGGAGUGAAACACGUAAUCAUGGUGGCGGGUCCAUUGCGAGCUUCGUUUCCUACGCUUUAGCAUGAAAGUCGAGCUGAGGGUACUGAAGCCGGCGAGGCCAGUUUGGCAAAGUCAGCAGGGCCAGGGGGCACAAUGGUGGGUCAAGUGCGAGGGCAUGGCCACGAUGCGUUGCGAAGCUGCUCUUGCGGACGACGGGCUUCCUGGAUAUAAAGAGUCCC